AUGCACUCUACAGUCUCGAAAGCGUUCAUUGCGGCCUUCGCCCUGGGUAUCACGAGUGCAUACCCAACACCCAUGGGCAACAGCCCAAAUGACAACACCGACCUCAUCGCCCGGCUCAUAACCACGCCCACACAGAUCAAGCGUUACCGGAAGCUUCUCACCGACGAUUCGGGCAACAAACUGCUCACAGGUGACCGCCUGACCAAUGCCACAAUCUGGGACUUUCAACAGAAUGGCGACGCUAUUCCCGGCGGUCAAGGUGGCUCCGCGAGCUCCGCCAACCUCGAAACAUUCCCCUACCUCAUCAAUAGCGGUGUAACCCUGACUAUGGGCACCCUCGGUCCCUGCGGGCUCUUUCUACCUCACGUACACCCUCGUGCCAACGAGUUCUUCGUGGUCACCGAAGGCGAAGUCGACUUCGGCACGCUGCUCGAGCUUGGACUCUAUGAGAACCUUGCACCCAACCCGGAGAUCGGAGGCAAGCUGACGAAGAACAAAGGGACGUUGUUUCCCAAGGGGAGUGUGCACUAUCAGGUGAACAACAACCCGGAAUGUAAGCCUGCGACGAUCUAUGCGACGCUUACGAGUGAAGAUGCGGGAAGUACACCAAUCUUGAUGGACCCGCAGCCCGGAAAUGCGACGGUCGGUAUGAGGAAGAGGGUCGAUGCUGGAGAUUUCGAGAGUGUCAGGCCAGUUACUCCCCCACAUAUUGCGAAGGUUGUGGAUGAGUGCCUUGCGCGUUGCCAUGCUUCGUAG